AUGACGGAAUCGAAAAAGUCGAAGCCAAUGCCAAAAUCUUGGAGGCAUGCCGGAAGGCGAAUCACCACGGGAUACAAAAGGAUCCUAAACUGGAGUCCAAAAACCUUGAGAGGCGCCGUGCUUCCGGCCGCUAUUUGCAUAUGGGUUUUCGGCGUGGGGAUUUUCGAGUACCCCUUCGGUCGACCCUGGAAGAUUUUCAGCAUUUUUUAUGCGCUUGCUCUUUGGCUCAUCUAUUUCCUCAUCCUCUACUUCUGGAUGCCGGUGUAUCACUCUCAGCUGAUGUUGAACCCGGAAGGGCGGUUCUUCCUCAUCGUCAACGUCAUCAACGUCGCCAUAGCAGUGGUCGCUACCUUACUCGGGUUAUAUGGAACCAGAAAAUUCAGGAAGUGCUUCAUCAGACUCGUUUUGGUGGACGAGACGAUCGAGCAGCUGGGAAUGGAGGAAGACUGGCGACGCAUUUUUGUCAUGUGCCUGGCAAGAGUGCUCAUAGGCAUCUUCGCCAUCGUUUUCCUGAUAUUCUGCGAGAUAUCCUGGACCCUGUUCAACGUCAGCUUGCUGGACGCGUGGAUAUUAAUAUUCAUCCUCCAUCAUCCCAGUCACGUACUGGGGGCUGCGGAUCUCCACUUCACGACCUUCGUUCGACAUCUUCAUUUGGAAUUGUGUAGAAUCUCGCGGGCUCUGUGUUCCAUUUUUGGCCUGCAACUCGCGAUAUCGAUGACGGGUCACUUUGUUAUCUUGACAACAUUGUUGUACAGUAUAUUUACAUUGCUAAUAUCGAGGAAUAUCGGCAUAAGAGACUUCGUCGAGCAAGCCAUUCUGUACAUAUCUUGGGCUUUGUAUUUUGGAACAAAAUUCUUCCUGAUUUGCCGCGAGUGUGCAACGGUCACUUCCGAGGCGAGAAAAGCAAGUAUGUUAAUUUUCGCAAUUAGCAGCUCCGUGGAGGACUCCGCCGUAAAAGAGGAGGUCGAGCAAUUUUCACUUCAAUUGAGACAAAAUCCGUUGGUCUUCACCGCUGGUGGUUUUUUCACGGUGGAUUUUCAACUCGUUCAACAGGUGAAUUGCAAAAGUGAGAAAUUACGAGGAAGAACGGAAAGAAUUGUAAUCGUUCGUUGCAACUGUAACGACUUAUCUGGUACUUCUGAUACAAAUGGGAGGUCCACAAUCAGCUUCGGAGACGGAAACCAAAAACGAUAGCGUCACGAGUAAUUGAAUCGAAAAACUCCUAGAAAUGUAAUAAAACACGUACGAUAAAUGAA